AUGGUAGCGGAGCUCUGGAAAGCCAGACUCCGAAACACGUUUCUUCGGCGGUUUGAGUUCAGGGACCAGGCUUUACGGGAAGAGCCAACCACGACUACUGCUGCAAGCCUUGAGGCUGUCAAAGACAAACUUCGAGAGUUUUACAGAGAGCAGCUGUUUCUUCGGGUGAAGCCUGAAAACCGAAGGCAAGCGAGCUGGGAGAAGCAGUUGUCUGUGGUCGAGGAAGCAUUUGAACUUCGCUUGGAAAAGUUUUCGACAGUCGAAGAAGUGCUUGCAUUUGGUGGCAAGUGCUUGAAGAACGAGAACCUUCGCGAAUCUUUUACCUGGUUUGGUUUCGAGGCUGCCGAAGAGCAGUCGUUGAGCUGGGCAGCGCAAGUUGCUUUCGUGCACCUGCAGCAGGAGCGCGAGAACCUGGAUCGAGACCUGUCUGUGGGGUCUAUCACUUCAGAGCCUAAUACGCCAGGACACUCUCGGGUGUUCAACAAGAAGCUGCAGUCGGCAGCGAGCCCCAUCGACCUCGAUCAGGACGAGCCAGGGAUGAUGAUGCAGCAGAUGACCGCGGCUACAAAGGCUGCGAGCGAUGCUGCAAUGGCUGCGGUACAGGAGUGGUCACUCAAACAAUAUGUGGUGGCACUGGACACGGCCUACUCCGAGGACCUGAAGAAGAUCGAACAGUUUCCGACUGCAGAGAUUGGAUGGAUAAGCGGGGCUCCAAGUGAUCCAGCGUUUUCCAUCGCAGAACGGCUACGAGGCUUUGAGACAGCUGAUGCAGAGCCGUCGAGCCGUGCAAGAUCGCUUGGAAUCCUCACGGCCCUCACUCAGACGCACCCGUUUCGCACCAACGAGCCGUUUCUUGCCCAGCUGCUGGAUCUUGAGAGGGUGAUGGAGGAGUACGAGCGUUCAUCUGGCAAGAAGCUGGAGGAGGACCUCAAAACCUCGAUCCUCCUCAAGAGCAUCUCAGGCGGGAUGCGGAACCACCUGUCCACCGUCCUGACGGAGACCUCCUCCUACGACGAGAUCAGAGAGGCAGCCCUUCGUUAUGAGCGCAUGCAGUUCAAGUGGAGCCCUUCGAACCUUUUCAGCACCGAGUCUUCGUAUGCGCAAAAGAAGUCCCACGAGCAGGUUGAGCAGUCCCAAGGCCAGCCUGGCCCACAGCCUUCCGGAGCUUCUGUGAGCGGCACCUCCACCAGUGCCGGCCCUUCAUAUAGCAGUGCCUCGAGCCAAGCCUCCACAGCCGUGCGCCGUGUCAUUGCCGAGCCUUUUGUGAUGGACAUGAGCCAGCUUGACCUGUCAGGUGAUGACCCUUUCGUGCGAAUGAUUCAUGCACAGCAUUUCCGAUUGGAUGCCACAGAUGGCGACUCAGACUGGGAAGUGAUUGGGCGUUCGAACACAACCCAAGAACAGCAUGUGCGAGCGCUGACCCAAAUCAGCAACACCUGUUCGGUGAUCAUCGACUCUGGAGCUGACGUUUCUUGCAUCCCCUUGAGCUUUGCAUCUUGUGGAGUCAGUUCCCCUGGAGAUUGCGUGAUGCAUGUGCGUGAUGCUCAGGGUGGCAGCAUGCAGGUGAGGGAUGAGCGCAUUGUCGAUUUCGUUUUGCAAAGCCCAAGCCAUGGACAUGUUACCAUCCGUGAGAGAUGCAUAGUCGCAGACGUAAUGCAGCCGCUGAUAAGCAUGGGUCGAUUGAUCAAGCAAGGUUGGUUUCCGUGCCAAAAUGCUCAGGGCUUCUGGCUGAACCACGAUGCUUCAGGAGCUGAUGUUCCUAUGUCAUUUCGAGGCAUGAGCCUUGGAGUGGAUGCUGAAAUCCGUCGCGUCGAGAAGGCCGAGGUCCCAGUUUCUCAAGUGCAAGCAUGCGAUCCGCAGAGUUCCCACGUCCAGUCGAAAGGUCCUCAGGUGCAACCAUGCGAUCCACAGAGUUCCCACGUCCAGUCGAAAGGUCCUCAGGUGCAACCGUGCGAUCCGCAGAGUUCCCACGUCCAGUUGAAAGGUCCUCAGGUGCAAGCAUGCGAUCCGCAGAGUUCCACGUCCAGUCGAAAGGUCCACAAAUUCAGCCAAGUGUGCCACAUGUACGAGUCCUUCAGCGUGCAGUGUUAG